AUGUCUUCCAAAGAUAGCGGCGGGGAUUCGAAGCUGUUCGCUCGGGGCAAAGUAGCUGAGCUGCGACUCGAGCUGAGCAGCGGCGGCAAGAAGGAUAAGAAUUAUGCCAUCAAGAAAGUCGCCCUCAAAAGAAUCGUGGCCAACAUGACGAUGAGCAAUAACGACAUGGUGGCGCUGUUUCCCGACAUCAUCGCCUGCAUGCACAUUCCAAGCUUGGAAAUCAAGAAGAUGUGCUUCUUGUACUUGGUCAACUAUGCCCGAGUAAGACCGGAAAUCGCCGUCAAGGCUAUCCCGGUGCUAGAAAAUGACAUGGAGGACCAGAAUCCCUUGGUACGAGCUCUCGCACUGCGAACAAUGUCAUAUAUACAUGUCAAAGAGUUUGUCGAAGCAACAGUUCCCAUUGUAAAGCAUAUGCUGCGCGACAAUGAUCCAUACGUCCGUAAAACGGCUGCAUUCUGCGUUGCCAAACUUUACGACCACGACCGACAAAUCGUUGAACAAUCGGACCUACUCGAUAGACUCAACUCUCUGCUGCGUGACGAUAAUCCCACCGUUGUUGCAAGCGCGUUGGCAGGACUGAUGGACAUUUGGGAAAGAAGCGACGCCGUCAAGCUCACCAUUGACUAUGCCAAUGCGUCAAAAAUGGUGGCCAUUUUGCCUGAUUGCUCAGAAUGGGGUCAAACGUACAUUCUUGAGGCGUUAAUGUCCUACGUGCCACAGGAAACAGGCGAAGCUGCCUUGCUGGCGGAGCGCAUUGCACCGCGGCUUUCACACUCGAAUUCAUCUGUUGUGUUGACAUGUAUCCGCGUAAUUCUUUAUUUGCUGAAUUACAUUGCGGACGAGAAGCAAAUUACCACGCUGUGCAGAAAGCUUUCGCCGCCACUGGUUACCCUUCUCGCCAAAGGCCCUGAAGUCCAGUACCUGGCCCUGCGGAACGCUCUGUUAAUCUUACAACGACGGCCCGAGGUGCUGAAGAACGACAUCCGGGUGUUUUUCUGCAAAUAUAACGACCCCAUUUACGUCAAAGUCACAAAAUUGGAACUCAUCUUCAUGCUUGCCAGUGAAAAGAAUAUUGAUGAGGUGCUGACCGAAUUGCGAGAAUACGCCACAGAGAUCGACGUUCACUUUGUUCGAAAGGCUGUUCGAGCAAUAGGGAAGUUGGCCAUCAAGAUAGAACCAGCGGCUAGUCGGUGUAUCGACCUUCUUUUGGAGCUUGUCUCGACGAAAGUCACAUAUAUCGUCCAGGAGGCGACCGUGGUCAUCAGGAACAUCUUCAGAAAAUACCCCAAUCAGUACGAGACCAUAAUCGGCACCCUGUGCGAGCAUCUCGACUCGCUAGACGAGCCAGAGGCCAAGGCUGCAAUGGUCUGGGUCAUUGGACAGUACGCCGAUCGUAUCGAGAAUAGCGACGCGCUGCUGGAGGACUUUCUCUAUACAUUCUCAGAGGAGCCUGUCGAGGUGCAGUUGGCUCUGCUGACAGCCACGGUGAAGCUGUUCAUCCAAAGACCCACCAGAGCCCAAGAGUUGGUUCCCAAGGUUUUGAAAUGGGCAACUGAGGAGACAGACAACCCCGACUUACGUGACCGAGCGUACAUGUAUUGGCGACUGUUGUCAACAGACAUGAACGCAGCGAAAAAAAUUGUCAUGGGAGACAAGCCGCCGAUUACUGCCGAAGCCGAGAGGUUAGAAGCGCCCACUUUGGAGGAAAUGUGUCUCAAUGUUGGAACGCUGGCAACCAUAUACCUCAAGCCAGUCCAGACGGUCUUCCGGUCCGCACGCCCACGUAAGCUUCAAGACUCACCUGCGUUGCAAAAGCAAAAUCUCCUCGUGGACGCGGAUAACCAAAAGAGCGUCAGCAUGCUUGGCCGGGGCGGUCAACCGACGAAUAUUGACCUGAGAAGUCGGAAUGCCGCCCCGGCCAAUGGGCAGGGCAACCUGUCGCAAGCACUCAGCGAUGCAGACGCUUAUUUUUCAAGUAUUGGAACCCCAAUGGCGGCGAUGAGGCUAGACCAAGGCGAGGAUAUGUUUGGUGGGAGCAGUGGGAAUAUGACGGGCUACGUUGUCAGUGCUCAUGCACCAGAAUCUGUCUUGCAACCAGCGCAGGGGGCGGGGAGCAACGGUGACUUGUUGGCGCUUUGA